CUCGCGCGAGGCGUGCGCUCGACUCCCGUCUUACGCGCCCGUAUACCCAGUCGUGCUGCGUCGAACACCGCAGUCAAGUCAGACCCACCCGUUUGGCCCUUCGUGCUCUCCUUCGUCGCCUUUGCCUCCGCUUCCCUCUACUUCAUCAUCAUCCCCGACGAGUCCCGCGCCGCACCAACCAAGACCACAGGCAGCCUCUCUCCGCGUCAUUUCACCCCCCUCCCCAUAACCUCCCACAAGCAUGUCGGCGCGAACGGGCUGCUUAUGACCCUCACGCUGCCGCCGGAGCAACUUGCCGCGCUGCAGUCGACUCCGGAUAAUGGGUAUCAGCCCAUAUGGUCCGUCUUCAUCAAGGACGAUGAUAUACAGGUGGAGAGACCGUAUACGCCGCUAUAUGGGUUAGAGGAAGACGGGAAGAUGUCGUUUUGGAUCAAGAAGUACCCGAAGGGGGAGGUCGGGCGGUGGCUGCACGGGAAGUCGGAGGGCGACCGCAUAGAGAUUCGCGGUCCGCUGACGACCUGGCCGUGGAGAGACGAUGCGUGGGACGAGGUGGUCAUGAUCUCCGGUGGCACAGGCAUUACACCCUUCGUGCAACUCUGGUCUUCCGUCAUCGCCUCCGAACGUUCGCCAAAUACCCGCUUCACCCUCCUCCAUUCUUCCCCUUCCUCCGACGAAUUGCCACCAGCGGAAGUCCUGAGCACGCUUGCUUCCUAUGCCGCCGAGCACCCCGAGCGCUUUCACUUCCGACUGUUCGUCGACCAAGAUGCGAAGCCGCAGCCCUACUUGCCUGCGUCUGCUGCAACGCCUGCAUUGGGGCGUAUAAACAAGCUUGCAGUGGAGAAGGCUGUCGAUGCGGGCAAGACGGAGGUGUCGUGGUGGAAGCGGCCCUUCACGUCGAGCAAGUCGAGUGAAGAAAAAUCACACCGCAGAAUUCUCUUCUUAGUAUGUGGUCCUGAGCCCAUGAUUGGGGCACUUGCAGGCCCGUACGGACGCAAUUUCUCUCAGGGCCCUGUUGGUGGCGUGCUCAAGGAGUUGGGGUACGGCAACGACCAGGUUUACAAGUUGUGACCACGUCCCUACGCCGGGGAAUAGAUUAUGAAGACCUGCGAGGACAUUGAGAUGUAUAUUUGUGAGAUAGCAGCAAGAACUCGAUUCGAGGUUGUUACAAG